GGGGCGGGACCAGCCGCGAGGGCAAAAGCAGGGCGGGCGCCCGGACGCCUGGGCCCCCCCGCAGCAGGGCGAAGGCCGGGGAGGCGGCGGCGGGCGGGGCGCCUGGGCCCGCUCCCGGCGGCGGCGGGGCGGGAGGCGCGGCCCGGACGCCUGGGCCCCCGGCGGCGGCGGCGGCGGGGCCGGGCUGCGGGGCCGAGGGGGUUAAGGCGGCGGCGUGACGUGCCGGGCCCGCCCCGACGGCGCGGGGUGCGGGCCGCAGCGGCGCCGCCGCGCAGCAGCCGUCAGACGCCCCGCGCCGCCCCCGCCAUGGCGGGGCUGCUGCAGACCCUGGUGAGGGUCUCGGAGAAGGCGGCGCACAUCGCCCGGCUGUGCCGCCAGGAAGACGCCCUCUUCCACCUGCUCGUGGCCGAGAAGACGGGCGCCGACAGGAACGAGCGCUUCGUGCAGGACUUCAAGACGCUGGCGGACGUGCUCAUCCAGGAGGUCAUCAAGCACGACGUGGGCAAGGAGUUCCCGGAGCUGCAGGACCACAUCCGCGGGGAAGAGUCCAACGAGUUCGGCAACGGCCUGGGGGAGACGGUGGUGGUGCGGGUCUGCGCCACGCGGGACGACACGGCCGCCCUGCUCUGCCGCGUGCUGGACCGCAACCGGGCGGCCGCCGAGCUGCUGGCCGCCGCCGUGCACCGGGACGUGGCGCUGGGCGACGCCGAGCUGGACGCCGUGGCGCUGAGCAUCCCCGCCGGGGAGCUGGCCAUCUGGAUAGACCCCAUAGACUCCACCAACGAGUACGUCCGCGGGCGGGAGGACGUGGCCCCCGUGGAGGGCAUCCACCCGGGGGGGCUGCGCUCGGCGCUGGUGCUCAUCGGGGCCUACGACCGGCGCACGGGCUGCCCCGUGCUGGGCGUCAUCAACGAGCCCUUCUUCCGCCGCGACCCGCUCACCCGCAGGUGGCACGGCCGGUACCACUGGGGGGUCUCGUACCGGGGCGCGCGGCUGUGCUCGCUGAGCCCCCCGCCGCCGCGCCCGGAGCCCGCCGUGGUGCUGAGCCGGGCCGAGCCGGCGGCGGUGCGGGCGGCCCUGGCCCCCCUGUGCGGCCCCCGCCUCCGCGUCGCCGCCGGCGCCGGCUACAAGAUGCUCUGCGUCAUCCUGGGGCUGGCGGACGCCUACGUGCUCUCGGAGGGCAGCACCUUCGCCUGGGACGCCUGCGCCCCCCACGCCAUCCUGCGGGCCCUGGGGGGGGGCGCGGUGGGGCUGGCGGGCGCCCUGCGGGGCCGGAGGGCGGGGGACGCCGCGCCGCCCCCCCAGCUGCUCUACAACCGCCCGGCCGAGGGGGCGGCGGGGGCCCGGCGCUGGGCCAACCGCGACGGCCUCGUGGCCUACGCGCACCCCCAGCGCCUGGAGGCCGUGCUGGCCGCGCUGGCCGCCGCGCCGGGGCUCUGACCCCCCCCCGGCGGGGGGGGGCCGGGGCGGGGGGGGCUGGGGGUGCAGCGGGACCCCCGGGUGCGGGGCGGUCGGGACCCCCCCAGUGUGGGGCAGCUGGGACCCCCCCGGUGCGGGGCGGUGCGGGAGCUCUGGGUCCCAGCCGGCCCCCCCGGCGCGGCCCCCCCGGAUGUCCCUGCUCGCGGGGACGUGGGGCUCCGGCAGCAUUAAAGCAUCUGUGUCACCCA